ACGCCGCGUUAGCUUCCUGUGACUUUAAAGUUCCCUCGGUGCACAAAGCAAAAGAGGGAGGAGAAAUGGUUUCAUCAUCGUGCCGGAGAGCAGACUUAUAAAAACUUCGCGCUCACGCUGCCUUGCUCACUUGCGGGCUUGGAGGGUUUUCAGCACAGACCAGCAGCAGGACAGGCUGGAGAGGGACAGGAGCCCACACGCAGCCCAGCUGUUUGGGGCUCCCCAGAAAGCCCCCACAAUGGGAGUCCACCCUGAAGCCAGCAAAUCCCCAGUUGACAUCCCCAAAAGCUCUGGCACCUGCUCCCGGAGUAUCUUCUGCAACAUCAAGGUGUUUGUGCUGUGCCAUGGGCUUCUCCAGCUCUCCCAGCUCCUCUACAGCGCCAACUUCAAGAGCAGCCUCACUACCAUUGAGAAGCGCUUUGGGCUCUCCAGUCUCUCUUCAGGUUUCAUCUCCAGCUUGCACGAGAUCGGCAACGUGGUCCUCAUCAUCUUUGUCAGCUACUUCGGCAGCCGAGUUCACCGCCCACGGGUGAUCGGCAUGGGGGGGCUGCUGCUGGCGCUGGGGGCGUUCCUGGUUACCCUGCCCCACUUCCUAUCAGACCCCUACGAAUACACCGCGCUGAGCACCGGUAACAAAAGCCAGGCCCAGGCUGAACUCUGCUAUGCAGAGAAUAAGUUUGUGUGCCCGAACACCACCCAGGAUCCCCAGAAGGAGGCCAGCAGCAUAUGGACAAUGAUGGUCAUUGCCCAGCUGCUGGCUGGAAUUGGGACAGUUCCCAUCCAGCCCUUUGGAAUAUCCUACGUAGACGACUUUGCAGAAGCAAACAAUUCCCCGCUGUACGUUGCAAUCCUCUUCGCCAUUGCUGUGUUUGGCCCUGCUUUUGGAUACUUGUUGGGAUCCGUGGUGCUGCGGCUCUUUGUGGAUAUUGGAAGAGUUGAUAUUGCUACAGUGGCCCUGACGCCAAGGGACCAGCGGUGGAUCGGAGCCUGGUGGCUGGGACUGCUGAUCUCCUCAGGCUGCUUGGUGCUCACAUCCAUUCCUUAUUUCUUUUUCCCUCGGUACAUGCUGAAAGGAGAGGACCCGAAUGCGAACGCGGAGGCUGGCAUGCUCAGGAAGAUGGAGAAGGGGGUAGCUGACGAAACCUCUCUGCUGGAGUUUAUAAAAAGAUUCCCAAAGAUAUUCCUCAGGCUGCUCCUCAACCCCCUCUUCAUCCUCCUGGUGCUGGCUCAGUGCAGCUUCUCCUCCGUCAUUGCGGGUCUGGCCACCUUCCUCAACAAGUUCCUGGAGAAGCAGUACGGUGCCUCCUCCUCCUACGCCAACUUCCUCAUAGGAGCUGUGAACCUGCCAGCAGCAGCACUUGGGAUGCUCUUAGGAGGAAUCAUCAUGAAACGUUUUGUCUUCUCCCUCCGGGCCAUCCCCCGGUUUGCUGUGGUGGUGCUCGUUUUCUCCAUUCUCAUCUGCUUGCCCAUUUUCUUCAUGGGCUGCUCCACAGGGCACAUCGAUGGGAUCUACCCCCCCAGUACAUUGAGUUCCCAGCAGCAGGUUAAGAUGCCAAGUGGGUGCCACUGCUCUGAGCACAUCUUUCACCCAGUGUGUGGAGAAAACAACGUGGAGUACGUCUCCCCCUGCUUCGCUGGCUGCACAAACAGCACCGCUAAUUCUUCCACUCCCGAAAAAACAAUCUACAAGAACUGUUCCCUGAUCCCUGCUGGGAACGGUCUGUCCUUCGCCAAGACAGGCUCCUGUCCACUCAGCUGCUCCCACAUGCUCCUUCCUGCCGUAUUCCUCAUCUCCUUUGCUGCCCUGGUAGCCUGCCUGUCCCACAACCCCCUCUACAUGAUGGUUUUACGGGUGGUGAACCAGGAUGAGAAGUCAUUUGCCAUUGGAGUCCAGUUCUUACUAAUGAGGCUGCUGGCCUGGCUGCCAGCCCCGGCCAUGUUUGGUGCCCUCAUCGAUUCCUCCUGCAUCUACUGGCAAAAGCAGUGUACCCAGCGCCGGUUCUGCGCCUACUACAACAAUGACUUCCUCCGCAACAGAUACCUGGGGCUGCAGGUGGGCUACAAGGUGGUGGGCACCAUCCUCCUCGCCCUCAUCAGCUGGAAGGUGAAGAGGAGUAAGGAGUACAACGUGCAGGAGAAGGCAGCGGGGCUGGUGUAGCCCACCCAAGGACUGACUCCACACCCCCCGUUACCCACUGCCAGUACUUUGUCGUUUUUGGGUUUGUUUUUCCUCCUAAGGGAGCGAGUUCACCGUAGCAGCUCCGAGCUCCCCUCCUGCAGCCGUGCUCCCGGCGAGGGAUGCUCCAUGCCAGCCCCAUCCUGGCACCGGCUUCUCCCAGGCUCUCCAGCGGCACCUUGUCCAUCACUUUGGGGAGGGGUAGCCCCCACCAGCUGGAGCAGGAGGCAGAUGGGGGCUGGAGCGCAGCCCCAUCCCACCAAGCCAGAGAAGUGCCUGCUGUGGGCAAUGGUCCCUGCUCCGGCGUGACGUCUCCAGCCAGGCAAUGCCUGCCCAGCUGGGACAGGAGCAGGGGAAACGGCUGCCAACCCUGUGGGGCUGCCCUGUGCCCCCCCCCCCGCCUGCCCCCCCCCUCACAGAGGUCAGCAUGGACACUGCACACAUGUUGUGAAAAGUUGUAACUAGGGGUUUAUCGCAGAACAUGUCAGGGUUUGUUGCUUUUUUUAUUAUAAUUAAAUAAAGGUCACUUUUCCAACUGUGGUGCUUUGCUGGUCUCCCCCCGCCCCAAGCUGGGGGAUGCCUGCAGGUUGCAUCCUGGCAGAUGCUGAGUGCACCCCUUGCUAGCAAAGGUGAAGAAAUGAGGGCACACAGGGCACGCGCUCCUCCUGCAGCUCCACCAGUGAUGAGGGGCUGUGCCGAGCAGGCAGGCUGUGCCAGCUCACGGGCCAGGCAGCCCAGGGGCAGCGGUGCCCGGCUGCAGCCCUCUGCACCCUGCCUAGAGCACCCAAAAGGUGUCUGCACAAUUCAGCACAGAGCAGGCAGGGGUCUGCAGGCAGGGUGCUACAUGCAUGGGGCUGAUGGCAGGGAGCCACAGGCAAGGUACAGCGGGCAUCAGGCUUGGGGAUGGAGGCAGCAGGCAAGAGGCUGUGGGCAGGGGGCUUCAGGCAGGGAGCUGGGACCUGCUUUCAGCAGGAUGCAGGCAGCUGAGGGCACGGGCUGGAGGCAGGAGUUGUGAGCAGGGCUGGGCCUGGUGUUGAAGGCAUAGUGCAGGGGGCUGGAGGCAGGCAGGGGCUGUGGGCAGGGACUGCGGGCAGGGACUGCAUGCAGACAGCUGCAGGCACAGUGCAGGUGGGUGCAGGCAGGGGCUGGGGUCAGGGGGCUGCAGGCAGGGGCUGCAGGCAGGGUUGUGCAGCACAUAUCCCUGGCAGCAGUGCAUCUGAAGGGAGAACAGCAGCUCCAGGGCCUCCCUGAUCUGCUCCGCAGAGAUUCACCUGCCCUGCCGCACCGCCUUUCCUGGCAGGAUGAAGGCAGCCUGCUAGAACAGCAACAGCAGCAGUGGGACCUGGAGACGCACCCGCUGAUAAUGAUGGCCUGCUGUCACCUGGAGAGGGUGACAUGGCAGCACCACUUGACCGGUAUCACAGGAAUUGUUCCACGAGCUUCUCUGAAGAUCCCGGCGCUGUGCAAAGGGCACAACAUUCAUCGCGCCAGGCCCGUGCUGCUGGAGGGGCAAAGGGCUCGAGGUGAACGCACUGCAUCUGAGGAGGCCACAUCUUUUCCGUGGCUCCUGUAGGAGGGGCGGCUGCUGAAGCACAUUUGACACCCAGAGAGGACCGCGGCAGACGCAGCAAUACUAUCCACAGGGAUGAGACAGCAAAAGAUGCUGGAAUGUCAGUUGGGUCAGGAUCAGUGAGGUCCCCGGCCAGGCACAGCCACAGCUGUGGCUGAGCUGGAGAUCACUACCCCCCCCCCAGCUCAGGGAGGGACUGAGGGGCAGGGCAGGGGCUCCAGGGCCCAUGGGCAAGGAGCAUGGGCCAGACAGGGCACCACACCUUCCUCCUCCCUUACACAGCAGCUGUAUCCCCUCCUGGGCAGCAUCACAGCCUGAGAGGUGACCUGGAGGUGACGGGGAGGGACAGGAGGGGAGCAGAAGAGUUGUCUUGGGUGAAUGUAUUCAGCCUCUGCUGUCCUUACCCCUCCGUUGUGCUGGGCACAGCACGACUUUUCCCCAUGCUCUUGGCCAAUGAGCCCUGCUGCAUCCAUGCUCACAGCACACAGCUAAGUUCCGUUGCAUUUGCCUUUGCUGGGAAAGGCAACAGUUAUUCUAUUUGUUUUGCUUCCAAGACAGGAAUAGCAAAUGUCUCUCUCACCUCACCAAGAGGAGAAAAUCACACCCAAUAUGGUUAAGGUGCACCCCUUUUUACAGAGCAGUGUGACAACCUUGCAAUUUGAACAGAAUUUUUUUUUUUUUUUUGGCUGCUACCUUCUGGGGGUUUUGUUUGGGGUUUUUUUUUUGGGGGUUUUUUUUUUCCCUUUACUGUGGUUUAUCCUUGUCAAUGUCAGUUGGUCCACGGGGAUACGGACAGCUGAAACCGUGUGAAGACUCACCUCUCUGGAAGGAGUACAAGGACUCUUAGAGCAAUCAUGAAUGUGCAGUUGAAGACACAGCUCACCACCCAAAGGUGGCUUGGUUGAAUAAAUAGUGAAUGGAGUAUUAGUUGCGUGUUUACAACCCUUACAAUUAUGGAGGCCUUGUCAUCAAUCAUCUUAGGGACUGUGAUUCAAAUUAGCAGCUAUAAUCAAAUUAACCUGGCUGUCAGGCAAAGCGGUCACAGAGGGAGUAAAGGGAAAGGAGAGUAGAGGCAGGAGAGGACAGCAGGGGAGCUGCCUUGGAUGUGCUCUGGAUCAGCAAGUCUAUGAAAACAAGGUCUGUCCUGGCUGUUCCCAUUCCCACUCCCCCUCCACCUGGCAGGUUUUCCCUUAACACCCACAUGACCUUCCUUAACUCUGCUUCUCCACCUCCAUCCCACCAGGGGUAACAUCAAGCUGGACAAGCCCCAGGAGGUGUCAUCCAGCAAAAGUGUACGAGGUGGCCCAAAUGGGGCGAGCACAGAACCUUCUGGCCCCAAAGGUGUCACGGUGGCUGGGGCUAGUCAACGGCUCUAUGCACAGGAAAGGUCACAGCUGCAACACCUGGUUUUGGGAGCCUUGGAAACCACCACUGGGGUGCCAGUGUUCAGGCACCACGCUAUUUUUGCUUUUCUUUGCCUUUCAACAAUCUCUCCUCCACUUUCAUGUGGCUCCCGCUAUCCUGGAUCUCACUGUGCUUAUCAAUCCACUCCAAAAGCACCCUUCAUUUCCAGGGGAACAAUUCACAAGCAAUGCACAGCCCAUAGCAAAAAACAUCCAUCAAAAAAGCUCUAAAGGAGAAGGAAAGCCUCAAUCCCUGCAGACGUGUAAAUGCAGCAGGGUGACUGACUCUGGGUCAGGCAGCUGGAGCAGAAGGAACUGAGUUUAUCACAUCCCGCUGCCUCACCACAGCCAUCCAAACACACUGGCUGCCAAGCCUCAGGAGCAACUUGCCAGGACAGCACAAAGCCACAGGCUGGGAACAAGGUUUAUAAGUAAAAGCAAGAAGCAAAGCACAAAGCUGACUGGGGGGGGGUGUGUGUGUGUGUGAAACCCAACAUUCAGAUUUUCCAGUUCUGCCCUUUUCCCUGAGCAACUGGGGAAAACCAGCCCCAAAUAUUUAACAGGCAAGUCACGGAGUGCAGCCCAAAACCCACACGCAGCUCUGCAACAACCCAACGCACACGCUGUCCUCCGGCACGAGUGGCACUGGGUGCAGCCCCAGCUCAGCCACGCUGCCCUACACACCAUGCUCAGGCAGGGAGAGCUGGUGUCUCCAUCCAGCUACAGGGUGCCACUGCCACCCCCGGCAGGGCAAGUGCUCUGUGACUUCAACCCCAACAGCUGUGCACAGCGCACUGCAGCUGGCCCGAGUUCUCCAGUGCAUUUGAGUACUUUUUUUUUUUUUUUUUUUUUCUCUCUCCAGGUUUUUGGUCACUGGUUUGGGGGGGGUUAGCUACGUGGUUAUCAAGCCUCAAAUACCCACACUAAGGCGGUAAAUGCACACCAAAUAAAAAAAACACCAACCGCCAACACCCCAAAGCCCUGUAUGUGGAGAAGACUGUUUUCUGACAACACAGACCUGGCCACCAAGCAGGAAGGCUGAUCUCCAACGUCAUGUUGAGCAGCAGCAGAGCCCCAGUACACGUGGAUUUGACGCCACUGAGAAGUCACGGCAAAUGCAGACAGACUGAAGUGAGACUUGAGAACAAACAUUUAAGCAAAAAAAAUUUAUUUAAGGAAUACUUUUACUAAGAAUAACUUAAAACCAACCAUAGCCUCAUGCUACCUCCCCCUCUUAUCUCAGCAGAGGCUGGUGCUGCCUCUGCUUUUCAAGGAGACAGGCCUUUGCAAGCAGAAUAACCACCCAAAGAAACAGCAAUAUUCCCACUUCAACAUUAUGGAUUCAAAGCAGGCAGCCUAGGAAGGAUCUCCAGCUAAAGGAGUUCAAGGCAUGACAAACAUUUUCUAGCAAUAUUCUGGCUGCAGGAAAAAAAGAGAA